AAGCACAGGAGGACGUGGUGCGCACGCGCGGCUCGGCAGCGUCCUCUCGUCAGCCGCGUCCAGGAUAAGAUAAAGAGCUGCCCGGGUACUUACUGGCGUGCGGCCGAGCCGAGCGGGAGUAGCGCGUCAGGCAAUGGCUCCGGCACCGGUGGCCGCUCCCGUGGCUUCGGUCUCCCGCGCGGCAGCUGCGCUCGCCCCCGCCGGCGCCGUCCGCUCCGCCAGGGUAGCCUCCCUGCACCCUUUCCACUCUUCCACCAAAAUCGUGCUGCUGCCACCACGGACCGGCCUGCUCAGAUCCGCCAGGCAGAGGCGGCGCUUGGCGGCACGGAGCAGCACCUCGGAGAGCAGCACGGAUGACUCCCAAUCCCCGAAACAAGAGAAGGCGCCGUUCGGGUACACGAGGAAAGACGUGCUGCUGAUCGGCCUCGGCGUCACCGCCUUCGGCGUCGGCCUCAAGUACGGGCUCGAGCUCCUGGGAGUUGACCCCUUGCAGGCCGGCAACGUCGUGCAGCUGCUGGUGGUGCUCGGGAUGACGGUGGGGUGGAUCUCCACCUACAUGUUCCGGGUGGCCAACAAGGACAUGACCUACGCGCACCAGCUCAGGGACUACGAGAAGCAAGUCAUGGAGGUGCGCUUCGCGGCCUCUGAAUUUAUCGCGUCCAAGUUCCAACUUCCAAGCACCGUAGAGAUAGAAUUGAUCGCCAUGGUCAUGGGCCUGGUUGGCUUUGUUUGUCCUUGCAGAAACGGCUGGAGAGCUUGUCGGAGGCUGAGCUGCAAGCUCUGCUCGAGCAAGUGGAGGAGGAGAAGCAGCGCGUGCCUCAGGUCCCGGAAGAGCCUAACGCUAUUACCUUCAGGAAGAAAUGAUGAUCGUUCUAUUAUCUGCCAAAUGGACACCGACCUAGCUUGUUUAUAGCAUAGCUUCGCCUUCAAUAGCUAGCUCCAUCGAUAUUUUAAGAUCUGUACAAUACGCCCCGCUAAGCCACUAGUGCUGUCAAACAUGAAAUUAUCCAUUUUCUGCCGCGCGCCGUUAUGGGACAAUACCGUAGCACCAAGAACCAAAUCCGUUCUUUGAGAUAUCAUUGUCGUUGUAACUAUAUCAUCCGCAAAGCUACAGUUUGGGAGGUCUUCAGCAUUGCCUGUUUGAUCUUCCAUUGGUUC